AUGUCGGGGGAGCCAGCUGUCAAGAAGGCCAAACUCGACUGGGGCCUGACCGAUCCCGCGGAACCUUUGACUCGAAAGGAUGUUAUCGCAUUUCAGAAGGAAGCGCUUUUUAGAGCACUCAACAAGCACCGUACGCGGGCAGAAAGUCUUGAAACGCAGCUGGGAAAGGGCCACGAUAAUUUGGCUCAACUUCGCGAGCAAUAUGCCCGCGUUUGCGCGACUUUGAGUGUUUUGGCCGCGAAAUUAAGCGGUCUCUGUAAAGACGAUUUGGACGCUCAAAAACUAUGUGAAAGCAUUGUAAAAGGCGUCGAGACUAAUGUUUCAGAUGUUGCCGAACAGCUGGCCGUGCUCUUCGAAAAAUAUGCUGGUGGUGCUAGCGAAGAUUCGAGUAUGACAUCCCAUUUCCAUGCGCUCGAGAAAUCCAAACAAGCACUUUCCGCUCACAACCAACAGCUCCAGGAAGAGCUUAAUGCAGUAAGAGACCAUUAUCAAACUCUCAUACGGCGAUACGAUCGCGAGGAUAGCGAGACCGUGAGACGAGUGCUGAAAAUGAAGAGCGAGAACGAAAGCGAGUCAGACGAGACCGGGCCGUCAUCGAUGGCUCCAGAACCUAACAGCAUUAAAGAGGAUGCAGACUCAAAGGUGGUCGCCUCAACGGAAGAAAACGAGAAUCAGCUCUCUACCAUCGAACAUGAAUUGAAAGUUCAAGAUUUGAGUAACCAAGUUGCAGCACUGAGAGCUACGAUCGAUGACUUGGAGAACUGGAAAUCAAAGCGGGAGAAUGAGAUUCUGCAGUUGCGGACAGAACUGGCCAAUGCCACCACAAAUAAUGCAGAACAACACCCUGAGGGAAAUCUGGAUAGAGACUACCUCAUGCGUCGCCUAGAAACGCUGCGUGAAGAGAACGCUUCGUUAAUGCAAACCAAUGGGUCAUUUUUAAGUAAAUUUCAGCAGCUGGUUCAGGACAAGGAGAUUUUCACCAAUAAGCUGACAGUUGAAUUUCAAACCGCGCAAGAUGCUUUGAAGAAGCAUAAUGCCAUGCUAGAAAAAGACCUUGUUAGAAUAAGGAAUGCAAGAGAUGAAAUGACAGGUAAAAUGGCGAUUCUAGAUAAGCAGAAAGGUAAGUCCGAGCUUCUCGAUGACUUACAAAAGAUGAUGGAUUUACAGACGGACAGAAUAGAUAAGCUGGAAAACAAGGUAGUCGAGCCUUCCAAGGAUGCGCUAACGAAAGAGCUUCAAGAUCUCGAACGCGCCUAUAGAGAGCUUUCGAAACUGGCGCACAAGAAAUAUUCGGACCAAUUGGCUCAAGAAUCUGUCUUGGCAAAACUAACGGUUGAAAAAACAAAAGCGGACCAGAAAUACUUUGCGGCAAUGAGGUCCAAAGAUUCGAUUUUGAUCGAAAACAAGAAUUUAACUAAAAAUCUCACCAAAUCCACCGAGCUAAUAAUGCAGCUGAAAGAAAUUGAGCGCAGUUUGCAAGGGAAGAUCGAAAGUUUAAUCAAACAGAUUCAUAUUCACGAGGGAAACGAAAAGCGUUUAGUCGACACUAACAAGAGCGCGUCCAUUAAGCUCAUGGAUGUUACGUCUGCCUUGAGCAAAUCGAAAAAGACCAUAGAAUCACUUAGUCAGGAAAAGGCUGGCUAUGUUGAAAAAAUAACGAACUUUGAGCUCAAGGUUUAUUCCGCGGAGACUGAAGCGAACGCAUUGAAACUGCGGCUUUCUCAAGAAGUGUCCAAAGCCAAUAAAUUGCAUAAAGUUCUGACAUCCAAUGGUACCAAUGAUACGUCUGUCAUUGCCGAAGAAUUAGAGAAUUUCAGAACUAUUGUAUACUGUUCUCUGUGUUCGAAAAACUGGAAAAACACAGCCAUAAAAACAUGCGGUCAUGUUUUUUGCGACCAGUGUUGUAAGGAAAGACUUGCUGCUAGAAUGCGCAAGUGUCCUAUCUGCCGCACACAGUUUGGAUCUCGUGAUCUGUUGGAUCUUCAUAUGUGA